UUGUCAUGACAAGUCAUCAAAUCUGGCACAUUCAGGAAUCAAGACGAUCGAAGGUUGCGAGGAUACUUUCCCGCCUAUAUACACUCACACAAACUCUAUGAGGUAUACGUAUAAUACGGUCUAAGCGUACGCCUAUUCCCACUUCGACAAAUAAACUUCCUUUCACUGUGCUAACGUCGAUCGCAAAAGAAUAUCCGUUCGUAUAUUAUACUUUAGCAUAAACCGAAGCAACCAUGGCGAUGCGAGUACCCCAAACCGGACUUGCGUCCAUGAUGAAAGACGGAAGCUCGCACAUGUCUGGUAUGGAGGAGGCUGUAUUCCGAAAUAUCAAGGCCUGCCGUGAGCUGUUCGAGGUGGUACAGACCUCUCUAGGCCCCAAUGGCAUGAACAAAAUGAUCAUCAACCAUUUAGAGAAGCUCUUUGUGACGAAUGAUGCGGCCACCAUCAUCCGUGAGUUGGAGGUAGAGCAUCCUGCUGCCAAGCUACUGGUGCUAGCGGCACAGCACCAAGAACAGGAGCUGGGGGAUGGAACCAACUUGGUACUCACAUUCGCGGGCGAACUAUUGGACCAAGCUACCGAGUUAUUAAAGAUGGGUCUCCACCCCUCAGAAAUCAUCUCCGGUUACGAUAAGGCUUGCGUCAAGGCUCUUUCCGAACUAGAAGAGAACCUGGUAGCCUACAAGAUGAAGGAUUGCCGUGACACAGAGGAGGUGGUCAAAGCCCUCCGCACCGUUCUGGCGUCAAAACAGUACGGCUACGAAGAUAUGCUGGCAAAGGUCGUCGCCGAUGCCUGUGUCGAGAUCCUCCCAAAGAACCCGAAGAACUUCAAUGUCGACAACAUCCGGGUAGUAAAGAUUCCCGGUGCGUCUGUGCACGAAACCACCAUGGUAAAGGGCAUGGUUGUGCGAAGGUCGCCCGAGGGCAACAUUACAAGUGUGAGCAAGGCUAAGGUGGCGGUGUUCGCAUGUCCCAUGGAUGCUGGUAAGACCGAGACCAAAGGUACCGUACUGCUAAAGAACGCCGAUGAUCUGCUGAAGUUCUCUGGCGAGGAAGAGUCUCGAUUGGACCAGUGUAUCAAAGAGAUUGCCGAGGCCGGCACAAACGUAGUGGUAGCUGGAUCCUCUGUGAGCGAUUUGGCCGUGCACUACCUGGAGAAGUACAACAUCAUGACCGUUCGCGUACAGUCCAAGUUUGACCUCAGACGUAUGUGCAAGGUGAUCGGUGCCACAGCACUCGCUCGCCUGGGUGCCCCUACACCGGAGGAGUUCGGGUACUGUGAUUCGGUGAAGACUAAGGAGUUUGGAGAUCAGUUGACCACAGUGUUUGUGCAGGACGAGAGCGCGACGCAGUUGGCUACGAUUAUAAUCCGAGGUGCAACGACUAACAUUCUGGACGAUGUAGAGAGAGCCGUUGAUGAUGCGGUGAAUGUUUUCAAGCAGAUUACACGGGACGGACGGUUUGUUGCGGGAGCAGGAGCCACAGAAAUCGAACUGGCGAGAAGAAUUAUGAUGUUCGGAGAGACCUGCCCUGGAUUAGACCAAUACGCAAUUAAGAACUAUGCCAGUGCAUUCGAAGCUAUCCCUAGAACUUUGGCCACAAACGCGGGAGCUGACUCAACAGAGCUGGUGUCGAAGUUGUACGCCUCACAUAAAGCCGGUGGACAAAAUAUGGGAUUCGACAUUGAGGGUCUGAUUAAGGGUGACUUGAUUGAUGCUAAAGACGCGUUCAUUCUAGAUCACCUAAAGGUCAAGUCGUGGGCUAUCAAGCUGGCUACAAACGCCGCGACAACGGUGCUAUCAAUUGAUCAAAUUAUUAUGGCGAAACAGGCUGGAGGCCCAAGAAUGCCAAAGAAUGCAGCAGACCAAGACCCGGACGAUGACGUAGAGAACCCUAACAUGAUGUAGAUAUUAAAAUGCGUUUCAAUAUAAAUAAUAGCAAGUUGGAUACAACCAAUCCAAGUCCAAGC